AUGCAUGCCCGGCAUCGCAAUCCUGGAAAUGGGUACAGGUCCAAUUCCAUGGGUAUGGGGAUGGGCAUGGCUCCCAAUUCUCGGAUCUCCCCAGAGACUUCUCUGAGGGGCCAUAGCUUUUACAACUCCGAACACCGAAACUUCAAUCGCGGUUUUGGCCGCCCCAAAUCUUUCCAGCCACCUCCAGCUCCGCCGCCUCCGCCUCCAGCUCCGCCCCGCAAAGGCGACAUCUUUAUGGAAGCGGGGCGCCUUGCCGCUGAGUAUUUGGUAUCUCAGGGGCUGCUGCCUCCGAAUGCGCUCCCCGCCAAAUGGCAGAACACUAGUUUAAAGAAGCAAGUGGGGGAGUUUCAGGAGGCUGACCAUUUGCAAAUUGCAUCAGAAGGCCGGACUUCGGCUCUUGCUCGGUUGGGGAAUUCGGUUUCGGAUGGAGGGUCAAGAAGGGGAAGGUUUGGUGUUGAUGAAUUUAGCAGCAACACAAGGAAUCAUUUCAAGGGAAAGAGAAGAAAUGGGGCUGGAUCAUAUCGGGGUGGUUAUGGCUCGGAUUGGGGACGAGACUAUGGCAGGAGUGGUUCAUUCUCGGAUAGACAUAGUAGGGCAUCCUCUGAUAGGGAGGGUGAUGAAGGUUCUGUUUCUGGACACCAUGAGGAGCAGAAGCUCAGUAAAGAUGCUGGUAAUAAUGCAUUGCAACAAAACUCCAGUCCAAGCGAGUUGAGGCCUAAGAGUGAGGAUGCAGUGGAUUCGGAAUCUAAAUUGAACAAGGGCCGAUACCCAGAUGAUGAUAUGAGUUCAAAACCAAGUUCUUCUGGAGCUUGGAAAGAUGGUCCAAAUGAAACUGAUGAAGUUGGUGAGGAACCUGCCAAGGUAUCGGAUAAAGAGAUGAAGGAUCAAGAUUGUGCCAACAAUGAGGAAACUGAGAAACAAAGUGUUUCGGAGAACUUACUGAUGCAGCUUGGUGCUGUGGAAGCUGAGGGUGAGGGUGAUUCCUCAGGCAAGAAUGGGACUGACUUGCUAACACUCUGCAAAUUUGCCAAGGUGCCCACUAGAAUCCGCUCAUCAUUGACGCAUAGGGGUCCAAAGGUUGAUGAUCCACUUCCAAAUACCCAAGAGGGGACCACCUCUGACGCUGGAGUCGAACACAAAGAAUGUCAAGCUUUAGUUAAAAACGGUUCCGUUGAUGUUUCUUUAGGUACCACACUAUUAGAUAAAACUCAUUAUGAUAAUUGUCUCAACCCUGAAACUUCUAAAGCUCAGUCCAGUCAUUCUGCUGAAAAUUUGGUAGAAUCAGGUCCUGAAUAUGGUAGUAUUGAGCAGAACAGAUAUGCAAGGUCCCAGUCUUUGCCAGGUAGAGCUUUUGUAAAUGUGCAAGAAUCAACUCAGGGACCUGUAGGGCUUAGGAGUUCCAGCUUUGUAGUUAAGGAAAGGGGUGAAAAAAGGGUUUUGGAAGAACAUGAUCAGCUGGAGGAAGCCAAAAAACCAAGACAAUGGCUUCCUUACAUGGUUACAGAGGCAGAUGAUUGUUUCGAGCUUUCAAACUUGAGUGAAAAGAAAGUAAAUUCACUGGAAGAAAACGGUUCUGGUGAGAAAUUGAUUAUAGCUGUUGAUCAGGAGAGCUCGGUGAUGAAUGAAUCCCAAUCCCAAAAAGAUGGAGGUGAAGCCUGCAUUGAGUUUGUGCAAGAAAAGAAGCCUUAUCAGAAUUCAUUCAAGAUCUGCGACCUUAAUCUCAUGCAGGUUUGUGAUGCACAUGAGAAUCGUGAUACUGAUCCUAUAAUAGAUUAUCGGGCUAAUUCUGGAAUGAAGAAAAAAGUAGCUCCUGUUGAUGUUGACUUAUCAAUGAAUAACUCCAAUGUGUCUGGUGAGAACAGUAGACACACUGUCGAUGUUAAAGAGAUUGAAGUCAUUGAUUUAGAAAAUGACUCUAUCCAAGAAAACAAGGCCUUCAAUGAUGCAGAAAGAAAGCCACAGACUGAAUUUACUCCUCUGGAGGGCUUUCCUAACCAUGCACAGAAUACUAGUGAUAUCCCUGAUGUUCAAGAUGGUUAUGGACUUAUGAUCUCGGAAUUGCUGGGAAACGAUUUCCCAAAUUGUUCUUCAGUACCAGAGGAUCUUAAUUCAAUGCAUAACGAAAUUGGCCUUCAUAAUGGAGAGGAGACUCUUGCCGAUGAUGAUGCAAUAUAUAUGGCUCUUGGAGAAAUACCAUUAACCUUUUUGAGGCCCUGGGAGCAGCCAACCCCGCAGGAGUAUGAGAAGCCCUUUUGA